GCAACGGCCUUGGAAGAAAUCCGAGCUCGCGGGCAGCAGUAGCCAGGACUGUUACCGAGAAAGACCUCCGAGAGCUCGGCCACCACUAUCAUAUACGAGACACCAUGGAGCAAAUAUGGGGAGGCAAGAUCAAUGUCAUGAGAGAGCGGCAAACCAGGCAGCAGGAAGCCUGCCGCAUCAAACAAGAAAACGAGCUCGAGGCUUUCAUGGAUAAGAGACAGGAAGUGCUUGACAAGAUGGAAGCCGAGUUUCUUCGGGAGGAGACUCACUUUGACCAAGUCUUUGCAGCUCGCCAGCGCCACAUACAGGCCCGAUGGGUCCUCGCCAUUGAGGUGCUGUGCAGGGAGCUUGAAGAGCAGAACCCUAAGCAGGCUUGCCGCCGUGUUUCCAUUCCAAAGUGGCCCGAAGAUAGAGCCUUCAGAAUCCGCAGCAGCGAAAAGGAGCAAUAAUUAUGCCAUGGUGAACUUGUCCCUCUUCCAGCCUUGGAGUCACUGGCGGGAUCAUCAGAGACUUGGUCGUCGGAUGACGAUGACUUUGAUAUUGGCAGGCAUAUACCUAAUACCCCUUGACGACUAUCACUUGUUAUAUUCUCUUUUGUUCAUUCUCUUCUCUGGCCGAGAUUUGUUGUCUCCUGUGGCCACGUUCGACUUUUCUCUUCUCUCGCCCGCUGAGCGCCUUCAUUUAAUAAUGGCUUUUCCUCUUUUCGUUUGUACGGUUCGAUUGCCGACACGAUCUCUAUUUUCCUCUAUUCCUAUUCUUACCAACGCGGGUACUUUGCUUUGCCACAUUAGCCAUGUUUAAUCCUGUCUAUUUCCCUUUCUACUACAUCUCAUGACGCUCGCUUUAAUCACAAUACGGUAUAAUUGAGAAAGGCUUCUUGCCAUCUCGUCCUUCUUUACCCUUUUCAUAAUUAUUAAUAUUGUGCGGUUUCCCUUCUAUGAUAGCACUACCAGCAUUUUCUUUUUGGGCAUUUCGGUUCCUUGAAGCGUUGACAGAGCCCGCCUCCUCGACUUACACGAAAAAGAAAAAAAGGAAACAAAAAAAAAAAAGCCAAGCAAGCGACCAAGAUUGCAUUUUAUUACUUCUACUAGUCGCCCCUCACACUAUUAUGUGUUGAGUUCUGUCUCUUCUAAUGUUUGUGUGUUUACCGAUGCGAGCUCAAGAGCCUCGCUGCACUCUCAAUGGAUGAGUGUU